UUUAGAUGUUAGGGCUGCAGAAGCAUUGCAACCGAAAGAGAGGCAACGAAAAAUGCCUUGGCUGUUUAUGUGGCACACCGCUUCAGACGAAAUAAAGACAUGUGGGAUUGCAGGCAGCAAAGAUCACCGAAAGAAGACAAAGGCUUUGGGUGUGGGAGCAAAAAAAUAUUUCAUGGGUCUUGUACCACCUAUUGAAUCAGCUGACAUGAAAUAUCCCAGCUCAAGAGAUGUAACGCUUUCUACAAAAGAAGUUAUCCAGUGGUCCCAGUCCCUAGAAAAGCUUCUGGCAACCCAGCGUGGUCAAGAGGCAUUCAGAGAAUUUUUGAAAUCAGAAUUUAGUGAUGAAAACAUUGAGUUUUGGCUGGCAUGUGAAGACUACAGGAAAGCACAAGUGGAUUGUUUACAUGGCAAAGCAGAAAAGAUUUACCAAGAGUUUGUCAAGUCAGAUGCCAGAAAACAAGUCAACAUUGAUUUUCACAUAAGAAAAUCUGUAGCUAAGAAAGUUCAGGAUCCCACACCUUCAAGUUUUGAUGAGGCUCAGAGACUUAUAUAUGUAUUGAUGGAGAGAGACUCUUAUCCAAGAUUCCUUAAAUCUCAACAUUACCAUAACCUUCUAAACAAGGUUCAAAGCAACCAUCUCAAGUGAAAACUGAGGAUCAGCUCUGAAGCUUCAGGAGUUGCUGUGCUUCAGUACACUAACUGGGACUGUUGGAACUAAGACAGCAAGGAAAUGAUGGAACUCUUAAAGCAAGAGAUGCAAUCUAUCAAGUUGAAGUGUCUGGAACACCCUUUAUAAGGAGAAAGAAGAAGAAAUAAAAGGAAAAAGAGACAAGCUGCCUUGAAACUGGUCAGAUUCACUCUACACACACACACACACACACACACACUUCUAAUAUUCUUUCAAAUUACACUGAUCAAAUGUUGUGAACAGAAAAGCUCUGAGUUUAAUUGCACAACUAUCAAGACAAAUGUUAGGCUGUUUACAUUGUGUGCAUUAUUUCCUUCUUAAGCAUUUGAUCUGGUAGAGCCGGAUGUAUGACCAGAUUCCCUUGAAAGGUAUUGCUUGUGAAGAAUAAGGAGUUCAAUGAGUGCAAAGCUGUGCUUUCACUUUAUGCUCCAUGGCUCAGGCAAAUUGAUGCAAAUCAGACUUGCAUAGACUCAAGAGAUAAACAUGUAUAUAUGAACAAUCCCAAAGCUGCUCUAGGCUUUACAAAUAAGUUUUGAAUUUAGCACAAAUCAUCAUUGGCUAUAAACCCAGGGAGUUUUUCAAGCAUACAGGGUGUAAUAUAUAUUUAGCAGGCUGGGGCAAUUUGUUGGGAUACUUUGUUAAAUCUAAUUCAUAUUGACAAUACAUGACCAUCUCUAGAGGCUCAAAAACCUAUGGCUAAAAACGUAAGUGGUCCCUUAUUCAUUGUUUCAAAUGCUCAUUAUUGCAAAAGAAGACAGGAAGGAAUACUGAUUUUAUAUGCUAUAAGUAUAUGCUAUAAAUCAAUCAAAUAUUUCUUUGCUAGUGACAUUUGUGCUUGCACAAUCUGGUGUGUGGAUUGUUGAUUAUGCUGAUAAACUAUUUCAAGUCUCCUGCUCUUCCUUCUAUGGGUACUUUCUCUUUCAAGUAGAUUUGGACAUAUUAGCUCUUCCAAUAGAGGAUACCUUCAAAGUCAGAUCUGGUCUCUGUAAAGUCAGACACAUGGCCUCAUUCCCAAGAACUCUUCCAACUCACUCCCUGCAAAGCUGAUCUGUGAUUUAUUGGUUUGUUCUUCUACUAGCUGGAUUCUGAAUUCAAACAAUACUGGACUGAUAUACUUCCAGACAGCCUUACUGUUUUUGUUGUUGUUGUUUUGCAACUGAUUAAUGGGCAACUAGAGGAAGUAUACCCCAUCAGAGCUUUGUCAUUCCUUUGGUUCAAAUUUAUUAAGCCUCAUUAAAACUGUGGAGAAUAGAGGAAAAUAUACCCAAAAUAGACUUGUCCAGAUACCACUCUGCUUGCAGGAGAGAUGACAGGUGGCCAGCCACCCGGCAAAUAAGCUGAACUGGUCUUUCAACAGCUUUGAUUUUACAACUAAUGAAUUUAAAGAAGUUUAUGGAAUGAAAAUAAAUAAACUCUAGAUGUACAGAUGCAUAUACAAUCCUACACACUUACUCACAAAACAUCAUACAGCUGUGAAUAAUGUGAGAUUGUGGUUGAAGGUUUUGGAAGAAAGUUCACGUAAUUUGGAGAUACUUACUUUCUUCCCCAAUUGCCUACAUUCAUCUUCCUACAUUGUUCUGAAGAGCAUCCUUGUUUUUCAGAAAGGAUUCAGAAGGGAAGUUGCUACAAAGAGGAGAAAGAGACAGAAUACUUUUAUGUGUAUGGGCUGGUACAAGCUGCCUUAAUUUAGCUCAGAUCCAAGCCAUUCUGUUUAGAUGUGUUAGCUCUUGCUCUUAAAAUAAUUAUUACUAGCCCCAGGAUAUCCCAUUAUUUUGUACAGUAUUUUGAUAUCCAUGGUUUAGCUUAGUGUAUUGUUUGUUACUGUAAAUAUUUAUAGACUGGAACUUGAUUUUCUGGCAAUAUAAGCUAAUAUUUAAGUAAGUGUGUAUCAGUUAUAUGCAAGUGAUAUUAAUAUUUUGUGCAUUACAAUUUGUAAACUGAUAACUAAUGACCACUAGAUUAAAAUACAUUGUAUUAAAAUAUAUAUUG